GUCAUCAUGAGAAGUGACAAAUCCGAUUUUUUGGACAUUCAACUCUCGGAUUUUGAUUUUUACCUAUCCCAUUAUGCUCCGGACUAUUACGCGACUGCCACUGCGCAGAUGCCUCCAUACGAAUGUCACCUCCUCGAGCACCCGUGUAUUCAAAAGUGAUUCAACCAGGCCUAGACUUGUUUUGGGAGCUACCGUCGCGUUUGCUGCAUAUAUGGCUUGGUCGCUGAGCUCGGAUAGUCAGCGAAUAUCACUUGAUGCUCAACCUGUGUCCGCACCCAAAAAGCUUCCGGCCUCCACGACUCCCUCACUACCCGCUGCAGACUCCACUCCGCCUCCAAUACAGACAUCCUCUGAGACGUCAGUGCCCAUGCUGGACGAGGACGCAGAUAAAACACCACCGGCCGCGCCAGUAGAAGCACAAAGUGAAGAACAGUCGUCUGGGGGCGCUUACAACCCGGUGACAGGUGAAAUUAAUUGGGACUGCCCGUGCCUCGGUGGAAUGGCCCAUGGUCCAUGCGGCCCAGAGUUCAGAGAGGCUUUUUCAUGUUUCGUGUACUCUGAAAAGGAACCAAAAGGCAUUGAUUGUGUGGAAAAAUUCAAGGCCAUGCAAACCUGUUUCCGGGAACACCCCGAUGUGUAUGGGGACGGUGAGCUUGUCUUCCGAUUAGGAAGUCUCCUGUACUGAAUCCGUGACAGAAAUUAUGGACGACGAUGAUG